AGAGUGCAGUAGUUUUUUGGAUAUCAGAAAAAAUUAGGUAUAGAUGUGGGGAAGAACAUGGAUAACAGAAUGCAUAGAUUUGUUCAACCAGAUACGUCGUAUGCACAAGUUGUUGCAAGGAAUUAUCCAGAGUUAAAAGGGUUUUCAGUAGGCAAACAACAAGGUGAAGCUAAUGAUCAUGAGAAGAAGAUACAACAACUUGGGUUGAAUCAAGUAGUUAAUGAAGAGGUGGGUUCUUGUGCUAAACAAGAAUUUAUGGAAAAGGAUCAACAUGGGGAGGAAAUUGUUGAGUUUUCUCUGAAGAAGGAAGAGUGUCAGUGGCUUGAGGGGAGUAAGGUUGCUAUGGUAAGAUCGUUAGAAUUGGUUACAAGAAUUCAAGCGAGAAUGGAUGUGGAUGGACGGUUGAUAACUUUAUCACCAUUAGGAGGUAGAAGGGUGCUGUUACUAGAAAGGACUACAAGUUAUUUGGAUGAGUAUAUAAAGCAAAACAAGGAGUUGUUUGAUACAUGGUUUGAAUCCAUCCUUCCAUGGGAAGUGGCACCUCAACAAAAUGGUAGAUUGGCAUGGUUAAGGAUAUCUAGAGUUCCAUUGAAUGCUUGGUGCGAUGGUUGUUUUGAGAAAAUUGCAAGUUCAAUAGGGGAUGUGUUAGUAAUUCAUGAGGAUACGAAGAAGAAAUCAAUCUUGUGUGAUGGAAGAGUUAUGAUUCUUUGUUCUCAAGUAAGUAAGAUAUCUAAGACUGUGUUGCUGAAAGUGGAAGAGAAGCUAUACGAGAUUACAGUGAUAGAGGAAGAAUGGGGAUUAGAUCCAGAAUAGUGGUUGUCGAACAAUGAUCAAAGCAGUCUGCUGGACAUUGAAUUGGAAUAUUCCUCAUCAUAGAAUCAAGAUAAGGAUCUAGA